UCUCGGGUCUCGGUACGUGACAACAUUACGAUAGAUGAAAAUCCCACCUCUACACUCCAUAAUCAAGUCAGACGUCAUCCGUCAGUCAAUCGCUAAUACGUCAUACGUCAAUCAUCAUCCAUUGAAAAUCGAAAUUCGUGUUAUAGUUUGUUUUGUAUUCGCUGUGAGAAAACUGCGUGUAUAUAUUUUUCAGAAUUUCAAGUGGUUACAAAUAUUUAAAAGCACAAUUCAAUAAAUAGUGUGUUAUCAAGAUGAAGAUGUAUAUCUUCUUAGUGUCUUGUGCACUUUUUGUGCUGGUAAGUGGAGUGUUUGUUCCUCCAAGACCAGGACACAAAAAGCAUCAUAAUUUAUUAGGCGCUGAAGAAUGUACUUGGGGGCCUGGCUAUUGGUGUCAGAACUUAACUGCUGCCGCAGAUUGUCAUGCAACAAAACACUGCAUCCAAACGGUGUGGAUACACAAAACCUUGCCUCCUGAUGAUAGCAGUGUUUGUCAAAUUUGUUUAGAUAUGGUGAAACAAGCCAGAGAUCAAUUGGAGAGUAAUGAAACACAGGAACUUAUAAAAGAAGUUUUCGAAACCGAAUGUAGCUAUUUUCGUAUCAAACCAAUUGUAAAGAAAUGUGACAAAAUUGCCGAUAAUUAUAUUCCGGACUUAAUCGACACUCUUGCUUCUCAAAUGAAUCCUCAAGUUGUUUGUUCAGUAGCUGGUCUAUGUAACAACGAGAAAAUUCAUAAAAUGUUAGCAGAAUCUGGCGAAGUUCCCAAAAAGGAUGCUAUUUCGACUAAACCAGACAAAUGUCAAGGUUGUCACACGGUAGUUACUAUUUUGGAAGAUAGAUUCAAUAAGAUCUCUAAAGAUGAUGUGUUGCACAAAUUUUUGCAGUUUUGUGGUAAAUUCGGCAGCUUCUCCGACGGUUGCAGCAAUAUCAUUAUAACUUACUUUACCGAAAUUUAUCAACAUCUUCAAGCUCAUUUGAACGCUAACGAAGUAUGUCUAAUGUCUGGAGAAUGCAGUGCACAAUUCCACAAUCACAGAGCCAGAGUUGAAAUCACUCCAAACUCGCAUAUUGGUUAUGUUAGUGUUGGUGGUGUAAAGGAUGAUUUGCCUUGUGAACUUUGCGAGCAACUUGUCAAUCACCUCAGAGAUUUAUUGGUGGCCAACACAACGGAAGUAGAAUUCAAGAGGGUACUAGAAGGAUUAUGCAAACAAUCGGGUCAGUUUGCCUCAGAAUGUACCGAGCUGGUUGAUCAAUACUAUGAAGAAAUGUAUAACUUUUUGACAGAACAUUUGAAUUCCACUGAAGUCUGCGACGAAAUUGGUAUUUGUCAUAUGACUGAAAACAAGGAUAGCAUCAUGAUUGCACCAUUGUUACCAGCAGCUAGCGUGAACAAAGCUAUCGAACUAUCUUCUCCAGAGAACAAAGAGAACAAACCUCUUGUACACAUUAAUUUAAAUUCCGAUGUCUCUAACGUCCGAGUAUUACCCGAUUUUAACGCCGAGCAACAAUUGCCUAUCGAUUUGAUGAUGCCUCAUACUCAGAUCCUUUACAAUAAGGAAGUUUGCGAAUUUUGUGAAUAUUUCCUGCAUUAUAUGCAGAACGCCAUUACAAAUCCCACAACAGAGGAAAAAAUAAAAGAAGUAAUCGAAAAGGCCUGCGACAAACUUCCCAAUGCCGUCAACGCUACUUGUUUAGACUUCGUCGAUAAUUACGAACCUGCUUUGGUGGCCAUUUUUGCUGAAGAAAUUGACCCAGCCACAGUAUGUCCUCUGAUUAGGGCUUGUCCAUCUUUAGAUAAUCGUGAUGUUGAAGUGUUCAUGGAAGCUAAGAGCGAUUCUAAAUGUCCACUAUGUCUUGUAGCCGUUACAAAAUUGGAAGAUAUGAUUAAGAACAACAAGACAGAGGGACAGAUUGAAGAUGCCCUAAGAAAAGUUUGCAAAUCAUUGCCGGCAACACUGGAUAAUGAAUGCGAAGAUUUCGUCCAAACGUAUACGAAACAGUUGGUAGAAAUGUUGCUCAAUGACUUUAAACCUGACGAAGUAUGUGUUGCUCUUAAGCUUUGCAAUGAUUCCACACCCGCCAGUCGUCUACCUCCUUACGUUGUCAGGCAUGUCGGAGGAAAUAUUGAAACCAAUGUAAUACCUGACAAUACAAUUAAUGGAGAAAUAGUAUUCAACAAACACGACAAAAGUGUUAAAGAAAAACCACAAUGCGUUUUGUGCGAAUUUAUUAUGAAAGAAAUUGAAGAUCAACUGAAAAAUAAACAUACCGAUGAUGAGAUAGAGAACAUUGUUAAAGAUAUUUGCAAAAUUAUGCCUGGAUCAAUCAAAAAACAAUGUAACGACUUUAUAGAUCAAAAUGCGCAGGCCAUCAUUCAGUUAUUGAUCGCAACUCUAGAUCCUUCAGACAUUUGUACAAUGAUGAAAUUCUGUGGAAACGGUUUCGAAAAUAUUCGAGUUGAAAUCUUGGAAUGUCCCAUUUGCGAAAUGGCAGUCGAAGUUAUGGCAAAAAUUUUGGCUAAUCCAAGAAUAGAUCAUAAAGUUGAACAUGUCAUUGAAAAAACUUGCAGAGGUUUGCCUGCACAAUAUAGAGCUAAAUGCACUAAUAUUGUGGAAACCUAUGGAGACUUAAUGAUAAAAUUGCUCAUCGAAAAUACAAAUAAGGAUGUGGUAUGCAAGGAAAUUGGAUAUUGCAAAUCCUUAAUGAGUGAAGUUGUGAUUAACUAAGGAAACAUCAUUAAUAAAUAUUUUUUAAGAAAUUUUCUAACAUAAAUUACCAAAGUAGAAUUUUUAAUAGAUUUAAAUUGAUUAGUUUUAGUUUUAUGAGAAAAAAACUCAUACUCGACUUACCUUAAGAAAAUAUGAUGGAGAUUAUAUUGUUAUUAAAACAGGUUUCUGUGAUACUGUUAAAAGAUUGUAAUCUAAUAAAAUUGGCUUUUUAAUAAUG